AUGGCCCCAAAGGACGGGUCAUUGCCCCCCAUAUGGGACGACUUGGACUGGCAAAUGGGCCAGCUGUUUAUGAUGGGCUUUGACGGAACAACGGUUGACGGACAAAUCCGAGGGCUGAUCGAGAACUACCAUGUUGGUAGUAUCAUAUUGACGGCAAAGAAUCUCAAAUCUGCCGAAGAAACCACGAAACUUAUUCUGGAAUUACAAACCAUAGCGCGAGAUGCUGGCCAUCCAGUUCCUCUCAUGAUUGCUCUAGACCAGGAGAAUGGGGGAGUCAAUAGUUUAUACGACGAGAUAUAUAUUCGACAAUUUCCGAGUGCUAUGGGAAUCGCUGCAACGGGCUCUAAGCAACUCGCCCACGAAGUUGCGUCGGCCACUGCCCAGGAAUUAAGGGCUGUUGGUGUCAAUUGGAUUCUAGGUCCCGUCUUGGAUGUUUUGACCAACGUGCGCAGUCAACCAAUUGGCGUUCGAACAAGCGGAGAUGACCCUCAAGAAGUAUCGCAAUACGGCGUUGAAACUAUGAAAGGAUAUCAAGAAGCAGGACUGGUCACCUGUGGUAAACACUUUCCUUCCUAUGGCAAUAUAGAGUUUGUCGGUUCACAAACCGAUGUCCCUGUGAUCACUGAGUCACUGGAGCAAUUAAGCUUGAGCGCUUUGAUUCCAUUUCGUAACGCCAUAGCAAACGGUCUUGAUGCGGUGAUGGUGGGUGGUGUUGCUAUGUCUUCCGCUGGGGUGAAUGUCAUGCACGCCUGUCUCUCGGAGCAAGUGGUUGAUGGUCUUUUGCGAAAAGACUUGAAGUUCGACGGAGUCGUGGUCUCUGAAUGUCUAGAAAUGGAAGCGCUUACACACAACAUCGGUGUGGGAGGGGGUACCGUUAUGGCAAUGAAGGCUGGGUGCGAUUUGAUUCUUCUGUGCCGUUCUUACCCGUUCCAACUGGAAGCGCUGAACGGACUGAAGCUUGGAGUAGAGAAUGGCAUGAUUAGUCGUUCGCGAAUUAAACAAUCCCUUCAAAGAGUUCUGGCCAUGAAGGCUCGUUGUACGACAUGGGAACAGGCGUUGAAUCCUGGAGGCAUCAAUGCUUUGACACAAAUGCAACCAUCUCAUACUAGCCUCUCUACACGCGCGUACGAUAGUUCUAUCACUCUCGUUCGUGAUAACAACGACUUGCUUCCCUUGCCGCAAAUACUCGAGCCAGAUGAGGAGCUUCUCUUAUUGACACCGUUGGUGAAGCCCUUGCCUGCGUCAGCCGUUUCGCGGUCGAUGCUGAACAUGAUGACCACCACUUCACCCGACCCGUCGGCUUCGUGGGAAAAAGGCUCAUCGAUAUCCAGCGGGGAGAGUGUUUUUCGAGAGUUUGGACGAUCACUUGCUCGUCAAAGAUCUGGUCGAGUGCUGCACACUUCCUACACAUCUACCGGAGUACGUCCGAUACACGAGAGUCUUAUUGACCGAGCUAGUGCCGUUAUUAUACUGACGGCGGAUUCGAAUCGAAAUCUAUACCAGCACGGAUUCACCAAACACGUGUCGAUGAUAUGCAAAUCGCAGUACUCUCAGACAGGCGAACGACGUGAAAAACCAGUCAUUGUGGUUGCAGUGAGCUCGCCGUAUGAUUUCGCCAUAGACCCCUCUAUCAACACGUAUAUAUGUACAUAUGAUUUCACCGAAACGGCGUUACAAGCGCUUGUCAAAGUGUUAUAUGGCGAACUCUCACCUACCGGCUCGUUGCCUGGCACGAUCAGCCGAAGCCAAAAGAUCCACCAGUCACGCCAACAUUGGCUUGUCGAAACAUGGAAUGAGGAGCGUGACGGCGAAGCUCUCGACGUGUUAUUAGAUGCUGUGAGAGAAAGUGGCUCGCAUGCUGAAUUGACGCACGUGUCGUCUCAUAGUUUCCUUCUCCGAAAUGAUGAUGUCGAUGAAGCACAUUUUGUUGUGCGGAAUAGUACAACACAGGCCUUGUAUGGAUUUUGUUCCACAUACUUCUUCCGCUCGACUGGAACCGGAGUCAUUGGUUCCAUAAUUGUGGACCCUACAAGACGGAAGCUAUCGAUAGGCCACUCACUUCACAACCGGGCGAUUCGAAGCUUAUUACAACGAAAAGGAGUGAAACGGUUCCAGCUCGGCUCUCGCUUACCGAGCAUAUACCUGGGAAUUCCCGCAGCUAACCCUGUAGAACGCAAAAGACUACGGCAAUGGUUCGCCCAGCUAGGAUGGAACACGACACUGUCACGACCUGUAUGCAGCGUCUUGCUUCGACCGCUGUCAUUGUGGACGCCUCCUGAAGGGCUGGCCAAAAGCCUACACACAAACGAGGUAGAUUACGACCUUGUCCAUGGCUGGGAAUAUGCAGAGUCCAUAUUCGACCACAUCAAGACAAACUCCCGUCAGGGUGUAAUGGAAAUAUACAAAAUGGCACUCAACGGGGCACCACAUUCAGGCAUUAUUCGCGCAAAGAGGCCCGAAGAUGGCGCUAUAUUGGGUAGCGUGGUGAUAUAUAACAGCCAAUCCGCGAUAGCAGAGUACAUUCCAGCGUUACACAAGAAAGAUAAGGAAAAGGAGAAACCGGUUAACGAUAGUAUUUCUUCCUCGAAUGGAAGCUGCAAUGGAUUGAUUGCAGGAGGAGGAGGAGUUUCGUCACCAGUGAUCUCACCAUCGGUUGGUGAAUAUGCAACGUUGAUGCAGGGUUUGAUACUGUUGGGUAUCAAGCAAGUCCGGAAGUCCGGGGCAGAUGCAGUUAUGCUUGACUGUGUCGACGGCGAUGGAAACUUUGACACUUUAACGGCAAUGGGGUUUACGGUUCUUCACACCUUUGAAGAAGUUACUUGUGACGCGGCGACCUGGAAGUUGAUGCAGCCAUCCUAA